GUUUUAUCGCUUCUGUUUGGCAGAUAACACAAUAUCGUAUAUAUAAGCAGAUACCUUGGUAGAUUGGCAUCAUUCUUGGUCGAAGCGGAAGGUGUACGAAACAUGAAUCGUCUGAGUUUGUUGUUCGUGCUCGUCGGAGCCGUUGCCGUCUUCGGUAGCACUCUCCCAGCGGAGUACCUUGAAUGGGAAGGUCGCAUCGUUGGUGGUUCCAACGCUGGCUCCGGACAGUUCCCGUACCAGGUUUCGCUCCGUUCUUCGGCCAAUGCUCACUUCUGCGGUGGAUCGGUCAUCAACAACCGUUGGGUCCUGUCGGCCGCUCACUGCACCGUUGGACGUACCUUGGCCAACACCCGUGUUGUCGUCGGAACUCAUCUGUUGAACAGCGGUGGAAUAGCCCACAACUCGGCUCGCAUUGUUAACCAUGGAUCGUACAACGCCAACACCCUGGCCAAUGAUAUCUCCCUGGUUCAGACCGCUUCCGUCAUCACUUUCACCAAUCUGGUUCAACCAAUUGGUCUGGGAGCUACCCACAUCAACACUGCCAGUGGUGCCUUGGCUUCCGGAUGGGGACAGUUGGGAGCUAAUGCCGGUAUCCCGAACAAUCUGCAGUGGCUGAGCACCAGCAUCAUCACCCUGGCUGACUGCCGUAGCCGUCACUCGGUUGCCAAUGCUGCCCGUGUCUUCGAUAAUACCAUCUGUACGCUGAGCCCCAACGGCCAGGGUAUGUGCAUGGGAGAUUCCGGUGGCCCAUUGGUGCAUGGUGGAAACCAGCAGGGUGUUGUGUCGUGGGGUAUCCCAUGCGGCCUCGGCUCUCCUGAUGUGUUCGCCCGUGUUUCUUCGCACCGCACCUGGAUUCUGAACAACGCUGUUUAAUUGGGAACUGCUGGAAUGUUGAUGUGAUAAUAAACUUCGGAAAUUGUA